UUAGGCUAAGUUUAAGUCAUCCUAUUGAUGCUCCACUUCAUCAUUAUGACUACACCGCUUUUUAGCAUGAAUUUUCAUCUAAAUUCCAACCGAUUAUUUACUAAUUCGCAAUUGCUACAAUGCUUCAUUGUUUUGUUCAGUCUCUUCAAUCUGUCGCUCUGCCUUUACGAGGAUCAAGUAGGAAAAUUCGACUGGAGACAAAAUUAUGUCGGAAAAAUAAAGUUUGCUAGUUUUGAUACGGUUUCAAUGGCUAAAAAAGUAGUUGUUGCAACUGAAGAAAAUGUUAUUGCAGCUUUAAAUGUUAAAACAGGACAAAUAUUAUGGAGGAGAGUGCUAGAAAAAGGAUGUGCUGGUCGCAUACAAGCAUUUAGUAAUGUUGUAAGUGGAGAAUUGAUUUCAGUGAAUGGUGGUGUCCCAGCUAUAGUCCGUUAUUGGAAUUUAGCUACUGGGCAUAUAAUAAAUGAAUGGACAUUAGCAGAACAAAAUCCAGAUAGGAUUGAAGAUGUUAAAUGGCACAUCAAGGAUGGAACCUUACAUCACAUUCUACCAAUUUAUAAUAGUGGUAUUGAGGUGACCUCAUAUGAUAGUAAAACUGGAGAAAAAUUGAAAAAUAGGAAAAUUUCUGCACCUUUCAUAUCUCAAGAAACCGAGUGUAUUUUAGCAGCAUCAAAUUAUGUUUGUUUGAAAGGUGACGGCAAUUUAGCACUAUUGUUUUAUAUCAAUAUAUUUGAGCCUAAAUCGGAGCCUCAGUCAAUAACAAUUAACACUAUAUUUGGCGCCGGUGCUCAAGGACCUUACAAGAUUACACUACUUCCAGGAAAUAUACCUGCAAUAUCUAUUAGUGCAGACAGUAAUAAUAGAAAGCGCGUGGUAUUAUUUGAGAAAAGCCCUGAAAUUAUUCCACGUGAUAUAGAUGGAGAGAACUUUUUGUACGUUACUAAUUUAGAUAGCAAAAAAAUAGUAUUAGAGUCAUCAUAUCAAAAUGAGAUUACAACAAUUACCACAACUGAACUUAGCGUGAAUGAAGCUCAAUCUGAAAAAUUAGCAUAUUUAAUGCAUAGUUCACUAUUUAAACCUGCAAUCGUCGCGGCCGAUUGUUCUUAUCAGUCACAAGCGUCGAAAAGAAAAACGUGUAGAUUGUUACUCUCCUCUGAGGACAAUACUGUCAGUUUAGUUCAACAAGAUAUUAUCUGGACUAGAGAGGAAGCUCUUGCAAAUAUUGUGGCCGUUGAAAUUGUUGAGUUGCCAAUGUCAGAUCGUGAUCAAGCCAUCGAAACGGAAUUUGACAUCAAAGAAAGUCAUGAUGUUGAUAGUUCAUGGGAUAUAUUUGGCAUGUUGAUUCGACGACUAAGCUCUCAAGCAAAUCAAAUAAAAGUUUUCAUGCAAGGAGCUUUGGGCUUUGAACCGCAGCAAUCAAAUCAACGAGCCGAUUUGGUUCGUGAUAAAUUUGGUUUGCAUAAAAUGAUUGUAGCUGUUACAUCGUCUGGGAAGCUGUACGGAAUAGAGUCAAAAAAAGGUGAAAUAAUUUGGCAAUCACGAGUCAAUAAAAUCGGAGGAUUAUCUCAGGAUUCCAAUAAGAUAGUUCUGUAUGUUCAACGUGGAAGUAGACACUUUCCGCAUCCACCUCAGUGCGCACUGCUUGCAACAGAUGACACCACUGGCAAUGGAAUAAUAUACACCUUCAACGCAAUAAAUGGACAGCCAUUGGAUAGACUGACAAAGUUGAAUUACCGAAUCAAGCAGUCAAUUUUGUUACAUGCGUUAACCGAUACUUUUCUGCGUGGUAUAGUUAUUCUGGAUGAGCACGAUCGAGCACAUGUCUUUCCAGAAAGUGCAAGCGCUGUUGCAACUUCUGCUGGACGUAAUACUUACAUCUUUACUGCCGACAGGAAGACUGGUGUAUUGUCCGGAUAUUCGCUUGCUUAUAGCAACUCGCAGAAUCUAGUUGCUCACAAGGUAUGGGAGUUAGUUUUCUCACCAAAGACACAACGGAUAACGCAUGUCGCCUCAAAAAAUCCAAUCGAACGUGUUCACUCGCAGGGUCGAGUGUUGAGUGAUCGGUCAGUUUUAUAUAAAUAUAUCAAUCCAAAUCUGGUUGCUGUUGUGACUAAAGGAAUAGGUGAUGCUUAUAAAAAUACUCUCAAUUUGUACCUUCUUGAUGUCGUAUCUGGAUCAAUGAUUUUCUCAAUCGUACAUAAGAGAACCAAGGGACCAGUACAUAUUGUUCAUUCCGAAAACUGGGUUGUUUACAGUUACUUUAACGAUAAAAGUCGAAGAACGGAAAUAGCUACGUUAGAAUUGUAUGAGGGAAAAACUCAAAGCAAUACUACAACUUUCUCAUCAUUAACUAAUACAAAGUUGCCAAUUGUGGAGAGGCAAGCUUUUAUAUUUCCCUCGUCAAUUGAUUCAAUGCAAGAAACGAUUACAGAGAAAGGAAUUACUAGCAAACACAUCUUAGUUGCUUUAGCAAAUGGCGGAGUGUUGGAAUUACCCUGGAUAUUAGUAGAUCCAAGAAGGCCAGUGAAUCCUGAAAUGAGGGAAGAAGGAGUUAUUCCAUACAUGCCCGAAUUACCGAUACAUAUGGAUGGCAUUAUAAAUUACAAUCAAAGUAUUUCUAGGGUAUCUGGAAUUCACACUAGUCCUAGUGGUCUUGAAAGCACAUGUUUAGUAUUUGUUCACGGCCUCGAUUUAUUUUACACCAGAGUAGCUCCAUCAAAGACUUUCGAUGUACUGAAAGAAGACUUUGAUUAUUAUUUGAUUGUCAUAGUGCUAGCGGCUCUAUUGAUAUCAUCGUAUGUAACAAAGAAGUUAGCAUCACAGAAAGUACAAAAGCAGGCAUGGAAGUGAUAGCGCGAAAAUACUAUCCACCAAGCAUUUAAAGUAUGCCUUAUUUCAAUAAGUGACUUUUGAUAACGGCAGCUAUAAUCAAUGCGGUGUUGAAGCACCUUAUACCGUAACAUAAUUUUUUGGCGGUUUUCAAUGUAAAUCACGUAAAGUCACAUGUACACAUUUGAAUAUCCGAACACCUUUAUGGAUAUGCUCAAUCCAAUGAUUUUUUAGUAGUUAUAUUGCUAUAGCGACAUUUCGUAUUAUUCAGAGACCUCAAAACUAAGUAUGAAUGUUGAAUGAAAACGGCACUUAUUAUUAGUACAUUUUUAUUAGUGAGAGCAGGUGCAACACCUAUUUAUAAGGUUACGUGUAUUAGGUUUAUUAAGGUAUGGUCAAAUAUGUUAGAAAAGUUUGUCGUUGAUUAGGAAUUGAUAUUGAUAUUCGGACAAUUUAAAUAAACUGUUACAUGUAUUUCUAACUGAAUUUAUUUGAUCAAAGUUGUUUACGCAUUCCUCUUCAAAAAUUGAUUUCUUGCGACGAUUUGAUUGACGAAAGACUGUUAUUCAGUGGAUGUAUUAAAUGUUCCAUAAAUAUUAAACGUUGCCUCAAAUUUGUAACGAUACUCUUAUAUUACAAAAGCAUUUAAUCAUUUCUUAAUAGAUGCAUUGAAUGGUUAAUACAUUCAUAACUUUAUUUUGAGUUUUAACUGCCAGACCAUAAAUGUACAACUAAAUCGAUACAAUGUAAAUAUAAUGCCAUUUAGCAAUUUCUGAAAAAAGUGAACACUGAAAAUCCAUUGAAACAUAAUAUGCUUUAUAUUGUUUUAACUAGCCUGUAGUAUAGCUGUUAAUAAAAAGUAUAAAGGGAAAAUUGUACUUGAAAACAUUGAGUGAAUCACCAUUGAACCUUCAAGUGUACAGGAAAUCAUUGAAUCAAGCGAGAGCUUUUGUAUAAAUGAACUAGUCUAUAAAAAUAUGAUUACGGUACUACAAGAUUGUUAAACAUUUAUUGAAAAUGAUUAUCACAUUGGUUAUAAACGCUAUUAAAUUGAAAUAACAAAAUGAUAAUGCAAGAUAGUUGGAAAGCUCUUAUACAUAAAUAUAUAAGUACAAGAACAAAAUACACUAUAUCAAAGUACACUCAUUAGGUAUGUACAUACGUGCUAUUUUAAAAGUGAUUUAAAUAUCGAACAAACCUACUGUCAUUUCAAGAUAAAUUCACAACUGAAGCAUUAGAUUGUCACUUUGUAUUCAAUAAAUAAAAUAAAAGUUACUUUUCGC